CACCACCGGCGUGUGAAUUCACGGUCUGCAAGUUUUCGCCACGCGCGACUGUGUAACUACGUAUCCGUGUGUGUACACCCACGUGCGCUGUGUUUUGAGCAACGAAGUGUCACAUACACAACCUGAAUCGCCGGGCCUGAAACCAAGCCGCCCGGCAAAACGUAUCUAGUCACGCGUGUGUUCGUCGCGCUACCAAAGUGUAAACGAAGGCGGCUCGCCUCGUACAGUGUAACCCACGACCUUCGGACACACAGAGCAUCAGGAAAACAACCUUUGAGCGUCAUUUACCGUAAAGUGUUGUAUAUCCACACCGUCCGAGUCGCAUCGGGUUUAAUCGAAGAUUAUUUGUGGGACAAAGAUACUACGCUUACGCAUCGACGGGGGGAACAAGCUCGCAUCGCGUCGACGAUGAAGAUCGGUGCGCGCAUGGAGGCAUCGUGAGGAUGGAUCGACGACGGUAGAACCACUCUGGGCAGUAUCGUCGAGGAUGUCGCAGAGAGACGUUAUCAUCGUGUAUCAACCUCGGUGUGCGUGAACAACGUGUCCGUGCGUGCGUGCGUGCGCGCGCGAGUGUGUGUGCGUGUGUGUGUCGAUACCAAGGAGAAAUAGAGAGAGAUAGAACGGAUUUAAGAGGUUAGGAUGCCGCAGUGCGCCGUGGCUACGUGCCGCAACAGUCAUCGUCGGACCCGCGGCCGUCGUAUCCGCUACCAUCGAUUCCCUCAGAUACCGGAAGUUCGCUCGCGAUGGGUGCGCGCGUGCGGUCGCGUGCCCCUCUCGAACGGCGAGAUACCGUUCAACAUACAAACUGCACGUAUAUGCUCCCUCCACUUUACGAACGAUUCAUACGAGAAGGAUAUGGAGCACCUUGUGCUCGGUCUUCCUGUGCGCAGUAGGCUGCGUCGUGGCGCCGUGCCGACGAUCGGCGUGCCGGUGAACGUGCAGCCGGUCACCAAGAUGCUGGUCGAGGACGCGAAGCGCUCCCUCCUCAAGGUCACCCAUGCUAAAAUGCUAACCGGCCAGAAAGUGACCGGCAACAACGGUCUGGCUGACAGUAAGCAGCAGCAGCAUCAGCCGGCCACGGAAAGGCGGCAGCAGCACCAGCACCACCAACACCAACAACGUGCCAAGAGCGGCGGCAAUCAAGUGAACCAGGAGCAAAAGAUGGCGGGCAUCGACGUGCUGCUUGCCCUCGGUCUAAAACCCGCGCCACGUUUGAACAAGAUGCACGCGAUGGAAGGCGUCGCUGGGAACGGGAAGAAGGUGGACUCGGCCGAUAAGACGAGGGACGACGAUUCAUCGAGGGCCUCGCCGAAAGUCCCCCAGAGCCAGCAGAACGGGGCUGCCCUGCCAGAGGAGACCGCUGCUGCUGCGCCCACGUCCGUCGAAUGCCUACGGUCGACAUCCAUAAAGAAAGAGCCCCUCUGCGACUCGGAGUCCGAAACGACGACAACUACGACUAAGACCACCACCCUAUCCGCGGGGGACGCGUCACAGCAGAAGCCCGUGACGUCGUCGCGUUGCGCGAAAUCCGAGACGGAGGGAAACAGCAGGAAACGAAAGUCCACCGAUGGACAGUUAUCCGCGAAUGGGAAUUCCACGCCGAAGAAGUUCUGUAUCGAGCAAAGGGAACAGUACAUAACCUCUCUGGUCGGCUGUGAGAAAGUUACCGCGGAAGAGCUUGCCGCGAGGGCUGAUCAACUUCGCGCUGAAGUGCAGGCCCUGGACGAGUUAGCACGUGCCAAAGAAAUGGAAUGGAAUGAAAUCCUGAGCAUGAGGAAGCUCAAGGAGGAGGCGUACCUGAGAAUCGAAAGAAGGCGGCAGGUGAUGGGAUUCAUGGAGGGCAAUGGACAGUUAGCGGACACGUUGCCGCCGGCUAGCUUAUCGCUCGGCCCGGAAUGGGAAAGCAGCGGGAACACGACACCCGUAUCCAAAGAGAAACUGAACUUCGACUCGAAAGAGGAACUGCCGGAGGAAAGCUCCCGGGACUCGCCGGCGUUCAAGAAAGAGAAAACUGGGAAACAGGCGUCCCAGCGACAAUCGACGCCCCCAAAACAGGGAGGUGAAAAUGGCCGGAAACAGGCUGAGGCGCUCAGCCCGGAAAAUAGGCAGAUCGGCGAAGGCCGACAAGGUGCCAUCGUCGAUGUUAGGUCUAUCAUCGCUGAUUACAGACUGAGGCACCCUGAAGUAGUACCGCGAAGGGGUCGUAGAAUGAGAAAUUCGGUGAACGUCGGCCUUGGAGCUGGCGGAGCCAUGGUAGAAACGGGACACAAUGUUGACUCAAGGCCAUCUAGUACGGACUCUUGUAAAAGCAAUCCGAAUAUGAGCGAUCCUAAUAAUUCCAUGAGCUUUAAAGAUGUGCUAGUACAAUUUGCUAAACUGAGUCAACAACAAGGUGAACCUGUGAAAACGCCUCAAAACUAUCCGGAUGUGACGCUUCACCCCGUCGCACCAUCUCCAGCACCUCAAAACACACCUCCUCAACAGAGCUGUUCGUUGCUCCACGGAAUUCUCACGAAAUCACAAUCUCCGAGACCUACAACUUUUUCACCUACUUUAGCUAGAUUACUCACCGCACCUGAAAGAGAAAGGAAUGCACCAACGGCUGCGUCUAUGCCACAGCAAAGUGCGGCAACCCAGCACCUUUUGCAGGCAUAUCAAGGCUCUAAUCCGGUUUCUAUCAGCGACCUUCUGUCUUCUUCCAAGGCUCGAACUGAAAUAACCAUAACACCGGUCGUCAAUACCCCGGUACAAUCUCACUCGAAUAACUUAAUCCACGUGGACGAUGUCGAAGAAGAAUCAGCAGUAAUCGAAGAUAGAGAGACACGCAUCUCUUCAGGUGGAAGGGAUGCCAGAGAAGACAGGGACAGUCCUCCACGAUGCCAAGGGUGUCACGAACGUGCAGCACAGUUCGUGUGCGCUGGCUGCGGAAAUCAAUGGUAUUGCAGCCGCGAAUGCCAGGUGGCUGCUUGGGACGAACACUCAGAAGUUUGUUCUGGCUAAAAAGGGGAACGUACAUCGAUCCAAAACCUCGUACUCGCGAUAUCGAGUGAAAUACCUAUUCAACUGAGAAUAAAUCUAGUCAAAAAUGAAUGGCCAAGAAUAUAACACGUAUUGAGUACGAUAAGAUGAAAGG